ACUCAUCCUUUGUCCGUGCCUUCAGCCUUUGAUUAUUUUGGUUUUGCCGGUCCUCUUCCCCUCUUUUUUUUCACCCUUUUUCUAUCUCCUCCGCUCCUCCCUCCUUCAAUGGCGGCAGCGGUGGCAGAACAACCACCUUCCUCCUCCUCCUCUCCACCUUCCACCGCCAUAAAGACUAUCUUAGGCAGAUACCAAUCCGGCAAAUUACUCGGAAAAGGAAGCUUUGCUAAGGUUUACCAUGCCAGAUCCUUAACAACAAACCAAUCCGUUGCCAUUAAAGUAAUUGACAAGGCCAAAACACAUCCUUCUAUGGAGCCUCGCAUCGUCGGAGAAGUCGCGGCGAUGCGACGGCUCAACCACCCCAAUAUUCUUAAGAUUCACGAAGUUUUAGCGUCGAAAUCGAAAAUUUAUUUGGUGAUGGAGCUCGCCAAAGGCGGCGAUCUCUUCGGAAAGCUUUCGCGCCGCGCUGAUCAUAAGUUUCCCGAGCCUCUCGCCCGGAAAUACUUUCAUCAGCUUGUUUCGGCUCUACAAUAUUGUCACCAGAACGGUGUAGCUCAUCGCGAUGUCAAGCCGCAGAACCUCCUUCUAGACGAAGAGGGAAACAUCAAGGUUUCCGACUUCGGACUCUCGGCCGUGGCAGAAACCACGGUUGCUUCGAAGGAUAAAUUGAUGCUGCAGACAUCGUGCGGAACCCCGGCUUUCGCAGCGCCGGAGAUUGUGGGACGAACACGAAACGGAUACGACGGGUCAAAGGCGGACGCGUGGUCGUGCGGAGUGAUAUUGUUCGUAAUGUUGACCGGGUACUUGCCAUUUGAUGAUGCGAAUUUGGUAAUGAUGUACAGAAAGAUGCAUAGGAGGGAGUUCAGGUUUCCCUCGUGGGUUUCAAAACCCGCUCGAGGUUUGAUUAGCCGGCUCUUGGACCCGAACCCGAAUAAUCGGCUGAGCAUUGACGACAUUCCAAACGAUUCUUGGUUUAAGAAUAAUGGAAUGAUGUACUCAAGGAGUGUUAGCCUUGGAGAUAUGGCUUCCUUAGAGGAGAAAAAGUAUAAGAAACUAUUGUUAAUGGAUAGGUGCAACACUAUGAGUGAAGAUAUUGAUAGAGCUAGAUGUAAUCAAAGCAGCAUGAAUGCAUUCGAGAUCAUAUCCAUGUCAUCCGGGUUGAAUUUAUCCGGGAUGUUUGAUCAGGAUUACUCGGAUGGAAGGAGAGAAAAGAGGUUUACAUCAAGGGAGUCAAAGGCGGUGGUGGUGGAGAAAGUGGUUGGUGUAGGGGAGAGAUUGGGGUAUGAGGUAGAGAAAAGAGAGAAAUGUUGUGGAAACUUUUGUGUGUGGUUGGGGAAAGGGAGAUUUGUUUUGUCAGUCACGGUGUCAGAGGUGGCGUCGGAGUUAGUGGUGGUGGAGAUGAAGGUUGUUGAUAGUGGUGGAGUGGGUUGGGACCAAGAAGAAGUUUACUGGGAGCAGUUGAAGUCUGGCCUUGGUGAUAUCAUUGCGUCAUGGAACCAAUGAAUAAUGUCACCUUACCAAAAAAAAAAUUAAAAAAAAAAUUGUUAACAAGAACAAUGGUUGAUCAUAGGGGGUUAAAUUUUUGCCAAAUCAACCGGAGAAAUUGGAAGACGGGAAGAUGAUCGAGCUUUCGAGAUUAUAUGAAACGUGGAUGGAGUCAAUGGUUCAAGGAUAUAUUAUCUUCCUAGAAAAUUUUGAUGGCGAAAAUUUCUUGUACAGAUGAACGAACACCCCCAAGGAAAAGAACUUAGUUUUGAUUAGCUUAGUUUCUUUUCUGUAAAGAAGAGAGCUAAAUUAGAUUAUACACAGACAGUUGAUUGUAGAUUUGUUGAUGAAAUUAGUAAUAUGGAACUUUGAUUUGUCUGUGUUGAACUUAUUAGAUAAGAGGGGCAUUAAGGGCUUCCCCUCAGAAUCAUCAACCAUAAGUAAGGUCCAGAAGAAAAAAAGCCCUUAAAAAUUAGCCAUUAGCCAUGGCAAGAUUGAUCUAGGUGCCUGUACAUUGUUAAGACUUGAACUUUUAUUUUAAUCUCCCUUUGUAAGAUAUUUUUCACUAAUAUAUAUGAAACUUUAUUUACAUAUUGUUGUUA